UGGGGAACUCGUCUGAAGAGAUUGCUUCCAUCUGUUCCUCCUCUGCACAGCGAGUGAACUACCAAGCGAAGCUCAUGGAACUAUCCACGACCCCCCAGGGCAACACCUGUUCUCGCUCGGGUGUCGAGGUGACCGACAUCGGGAAAGUGGUUGUCGCACGAGGCAACAAUGGCAUCGAGACUGAGCUGGAGUUCAUCGACAACUCAUCAACAAACUUAGUGCGCCGGUCCGACGUCAACGAGCACUUUCCCGAUGGCGGCCUGAGGUCGUGGCUGGUGGUGCUCGGGUCUUCUCUCCUUCUCCUGGCCACAUAUGGUCUGAUGAACUCCGUGGGUGUCCUGCAAUCAUACCUCGAGACCCACCAGCUCUCCAAGUACACAAGUAGCAAUGUCGGAUGGGUGCCAGGCCUGUACAUGUUUCUCUCGCUCGCCGUUGGUGUCUUCGUUGGACCGCUGUUCGACACAUACGGCCCCAAGGCAUUGGUCAUCGCGGGCUCCGCGAUCUACGUCGUUGCGCUCUUCCUUACCGCAGAAUGCACUCAGUACUGGCAGUUUAUCCUCAGUUUCGGAGUGAUGGCCGGGGUGGGUAGUGCCCUGGUGAGUACGGUUGCGAUGGCCUGCGUGCCCCAUUGGUUCCAGGCACGGAUUGGGACGGCCAUGGGAAUGGCAUUAGUCGGUGCGGGAUUGGGGGGAACCGUGUUUCCCUUUCUUCUCAAGGCGUCCUUUGCGAGGUUUGGCUUCAGGUGGGGAAUGCGGAUUCUCGCGUUCGUCAUCAUGGCAGCCUGCGGGCUGGGGUCCUUUUUGGUGAAGUCCCGUUUGCCCAAAGGCAACAAGUUGAAGACCGCAAUUGACGCCAGGUGCUUCAAGGAUUCCCGGUUCUCGCUGCUAACGGUGGCGAUAUGGUGUCUUGAACUCGAAACCUUUGCUCUUCUUGGUCUCUUUCCGACCUAUGUCGUGACGCAGGGAUUCAGCGUGGAUUCAAGCGUCAACCUUCUCGUUGUUCUCAAUAUCUGCUCGAUCAUAGGGCGUCUCUUGGCAGGCCGCGUCGGCGACAAGUACGGUCGAUUGAAUACUCUCCUAGUCCUAGUCUCGUCCGGAAUCCUGAGCAUUUUCAUCAUCUUAUACCCCUUCAGCUAUUCCCUGACAGCGCUGUACUUCUUCAGCGCGCUGUACGGCCUCAGCUCGGGAUCAUUUCUCAGCCUUGCGCCGGUUUGCAUCCGACAAGUUUCGCCGGCGAAAGAGAUCGGAAUGCGCUUCGGAACCUGCUAUGCAUUGGUGAGCUUUGCGGUCUUAAUCUCCAUCCCAAUCGGUGGUGAGAUGUUCGAGAAAGUCGGUUCCCGCAUCGUGGUCGUUUGGCUGGGAUGCGUCCUUGUCAUAGCGAUGUUGCUUUUCUUGACGGCUCGCUGGGCGUGCUUGGAUUAUAAGUGGCAUUGGAGGAUCCGCGUGUAAAAUGAACAGUGUUCUCGUGGGAUGCGCGUUACACGGAUGUUGAUUGUGCGAAAAGUUCUGUUGGCUGUUCAAUGACUAUCGACUGCGAGCGAUUACAUGUUUCUGGUCG